GAGAUUGCACUAAAAGAGUGUAGUUUUUUUUAUUUGUUGUGUGUGCAGUGCAUUUAACAUGGUUAGAAAAAUCAGUGCACUCGUCUGCUGCCUCUGCGUGUUUGGAAUAUCGCUUAGUGAUAGCGCGAUUUCGGCUGAAAGUGAAACGAGAUGUAGGAACCCGCCGACAGCGCCGCAGAAGAUCGAGCGAGUCAUCACGUUGUGCCAAGAUGAGAUCAAACUCUCCAUUCUCAGAGAGGCACUGGACGUGAUAAAGGAAGAGCACACGAUGCCGACGCAGAAGCGACGCAACAAGCGCGACGUACCCUUCACGCACGACGAGAAGCGCAUCGCCGGGUGCCUUCUACAAUGCGUGUACCGGAAGGUGAAAGCUGUGGACGGCUACGGAUUCCCGACGCUAGAGGGCCUCGUAGGCCUGUACUCGGAUGGCGUGAACGAGCGCGGGUACUUCAUGGCGGUGCUCGAGGCCUCCAGGGAGUGCCUCAUGAAGAACCACGAUAAGUUCUCCAGGACAGUGCCCAUGGACAAUGGGCGUAACUGUGACGUAUCGUUCGACAUCUUCGAGUGCAUAUCGGACCGCAUCGGCGACUACUGCGGAAACUCCGGGCUCUGAACCAAGACGAACGAAAUCUUAUCCUAAAGCUUUAUUUUAGUGUUACG